CUCCAGAUAAAGACGUGUUAAAACUUGCCUGCGUCGGUUGAGUCGACGAACACAAUUACUCGAGGUAGGAAUACAGACUACAGAGUUCACUGCAGUAAAGUCGAGCUACUGUCGCUGUUGCUAUACAAUUAAAAUAAACUUUAUCGUAGUGAAUAACUUCAGUUCGAAAUAUAAAAGCGUAGUAUCAGUUCAGUAAUUAGAUAAAAGUAAUAUGUAUAAAAGUGUAUUUGUGGAUCGUCUUUAUCAGAGUAAGGUUGAAAAUAAAUAAAUAGGGAGCAGUGUGUAUGUACAUCUUUGUGAACCUUAACGUGAUAGAAAUAGGAGUGAACUUUGUGUAACUUGUAUUGACGUAUGAUUUAAAAGUUGACUAAAUAUCACAUCAGUGUUGAGUGGUGAUACGUUUUAGAGUUAGCAACAUAGAGAGAGUGGGUUGUAUGAUCAUCAUGGAUUGGAAGAUAUGGUGGCAAGCGAAUGUGUGCCGGUGAAGUCGAGGCCAUAGCGUUUUAUAACAGUUAACAAUGGACCACAAUAAUUUGGCUUUGGAUCACAAUCCGGAUGCAAAACAAAACUUAGACAGUGAUCAAACACAAACAAUGCAGAAGGAAAAAGAGGAUGGCCUUCUUGUGAUAAAAGACGAAAAAUGUGACAGUGAUGGAAAUAGUGAAGUUAGUUGUAAUGAUGAACAUAACAAUGUCAACAGUGAUAUCUAUCAGUUUUGUGAGAGAAGUGACAGCAAAGAAGAUUAUGCUGUUAAAGCGGAUGAUAAUGACACUUUAAGUGACAUAGAUGAUAUCAAAACAGAUACUGCAUCAGCAGACAGUGAAGAUUCCGCGCUUGGUAGCCUUCCUUCUGAUGGUUCUCUAAAUGAUAGAGAAGAAGAUGUACAAGAUCGAUCUGAUGGAAGUGAUUCUGGUAUUGGGUCAGAGACUGUUGAACACAUAAAUUACCAUUUACCUGAACCAAGUUCAUGUGAUGCAGGACCUAGCCUAGCCUGUAACAUGCCUAAUUAUGAAAACCCCAUAUCUGACAAAAAGAAUGACGAAAAUAGUGGCCAUAAUGAAAAUAUUGAUGUUAAGAGACCUCACAAAAGUAGCCUUAAAAGGAAAUGUGAUGAUGAAUGCAUUGAAGAACCACUUCUUAAAAAAAGAAAAGAAAAUAUUAAGUUUGAUAAUGUUACUGUAUAUUAUUUUCCAAGAGCCCAAGGCUUUACCUGUGUGCCAUCCCAAGGUGGGUCCACUUUAGGAAUGGAAUGGAAACACAGUCAUAUACAACAUUUUACACUAACUGAACAUGCUUUGGAACAAAGAAGGUUGCAUAGACAAAUACUGCAACAAAUAAAAUUAGAGCGCCAUUCCGGACAGGGUGUCUCUCUUUCCUCUAGUGAAGAAAGUGAUACUGAAGAAGAAGCAAGUGACAUUUCUGAGUCAGAACUGGACCUAGACAGUUAUUACUUUCUUCAACCAGUACCUACAAAGCAAAGAAGAGCUCUAUUACGAGUAGCUGGUGUAAGAAAAAUUGAAGGGUUUGAAAAAGAUGAGUGCAGAGACAUUAGAACAUCUAGAGAGUUUUGCGGUUGUGCUUGUAAAGGUGCCUGUAAUCCACAAACAUGUUCGUGUAGCCUUGCAGGUAUUAAGUGUCAGGUUGAUAGACUUAACUUUCCAUGUGGUUGUACAAGAGAUGGCUGCUGUAAUACGACAGGGCGUAUUGAAUUCAACCCAAUAAGAGUACGAACACAUUUCAUUAAUACACUUAUGAGAUUGGGUCUAGAGAAGAAAAACGAAGAAAGCAGAGAGGCUGCUAAAAGACAAUGGGCGGAACUUCACAGCACAACUACUUCACCUGUAUGCUUACCUAACCCAUUUGAAACCACUUGCAGUCAAAAUAUUGAAAACAAAACAUUACACAAUCAACACUCAUUGCAAAUUACAGAUACACACAUCAUUUCAGGCUUUAGUAAUAUACAUUGUAAUUUGAGUAACAGUUCCACACCUCUCAACAUAAAUGAUGGGCAUAUCAAUCAAAGAAUGGGUAAUGAUCUAAACACAUUAAACUUUGAAGAAAAAUCACAACACCAUGAUCAUAAUACCUACACUAAUAGUAUUCUACAAGGAAAAGGACCACCUUUUCCUAUUUCAAACACAGCUUACAACAAUUCAAUACAAAAUAAUAUACAAAGUUAUCCAUGUGAUCUAAAUCAUUCUUAUGAUCAACAACAUUCCGAGAAUAGCUCGAAAGUAACACAAAGCUAUUCAGCGUCUAGUUUUGAAGAAUUCGCCCAGAGUUCACACAUAUCAAUGUUCAAUUCUUAUGGUCACAUGUAUUCUACAGACUAUAUGCAAAAAGUUAAUACAGCGGUACCGGGCCACAGUAUACAUUACCAAAAUAUAGCACAAAACCCUUACGAUAUGUAUAAGAAUAAUGAAAGUGCAGCGGCAAACAGAUUGGAACAUAACUAUCACACACCAUUGACAAUGCCAUAUCAAGCUAGUAAUAAGUUACAACCAAUUGAUGAGAAUUGGUUUAGUCACAAUACCCUGUUAAAUCUGGAUAAUAACUCGGAACAAACAACACAAGAUGCAACGGAAACAUCUGAUGCUCUUGAUGCUCCACCUGAAAGUGACACUGCUGAACCAACAGAAAACUUUGGAGAGCUCAUUAAAAAAACAAUGGUAGAGUCUGUUACUGUGUAGUUUAAAUAAUUGUUGUAUUUAAAAGUUUCAAUUAAUAAAUAUGUUAUUAAGUUUUUAAUUAUAUUUAUUGUAUUAUG